AUGGAAUAUGGUAAUUGUCCAUACGCGGCAACCAACAGCAAGCCGGGCGAGAAGAAACUACGCACACACCUACAAGUCGGCUUUGCUUCGGAGGCCUCUAUUGAGGCCGUCCAAGACUACCUUCACACUGGACUCCGUCGAUUGGGUAGAGGCGCUGGGUGCUACACUUCUCCUUUGCAGUAUGGCAAAAUUGUGAAGUUUGGAUCAUGCUCUUUCAUUCCUGCAGAAGUUAACUUCUCAGCUUAUGCAAGGGAGCUGAUGAGACUCUUUGAUUUCGAAGUCCCUCGUGGUAUAAAGAUGGAUUGGGUUUUGAUUCCAUACACGGGAAGAACAAAGUACAACAAACGGUCUCCUGGAGUGACCAGUCCACAUUGUUGUUUCACUCAGAAGAUUCAUGCAAAGAGAGUUGAUCGUACUUUGAGGACGAUUCUCCAUCCAGCAACUGCAAAACCUGACUUUCCAUUUGCCGCACCGGGCACCUACAUCAGUGAUUGA